CAUCAAUGCCUGUUUUCUUAAUAUUCCGACGGAAAGAAGAAGAAAUAAUUUACAAAGGCACGUCCAUUCUUGUCAAUUCUAAAAUCAAUUAGCUGGAAGUAAUCUAUUGUCAAUAUUCGCUGAAAUUGUCCAACAAUUUGGAUAAAUUCUGCACGAUCCAUACACAAUUUAUAUUAUUAGUACAUAAAAAGCCUUCAAAGUGUUGAAUUUACCUCAAUUUUUUGCCAACGCUGAGUCGUCUAGUAGUUCUAGAGUACCAUCAGCAAAAAUGACAGUUCAUGAAUUUAAAGUGGAAAUGACAUGCACAGGAUGUUCGGGAGCUGUUGAAAAAGUUCUUGGGAAAUUGGGAGAUAGGGUCGAAAAAGUCAGCAUUGAUUUGGAUGAUAAAACUGUGCUGGUUACAUCGAAUAUGUCGGGAGAAGAACUAUUAGAAGUCAUUAAGAAGACAGGCAAGCCGGCAUAUUACGUUGGAGUGAAGGAAUGAAACGAACUUUUUUGUAAAUUUCGACGCAUAGCGAAAUUAAAACUGGAGGUUUGAACGAACGUACAUGGACUGGGAAAAAUUACACAAGCAACUUUGGAAAUUUACUUUAUUCGUCUGUAAGGUGUUUAUUUAAAGUUUUAUUGAUUAAUAUAAAUUAUGUUGGUGAUUAUAUAUAUAUAUAUAUAUAUAUAAUUUUAAUAUACUGUAUUUGUAUAUAUAAUUCAUAUAUUACCAAGCAAGUUAAGUUAAUUUGUUAUUCAUAUUAUUGCUUGGAAAAAAGGGUUUCAAUCAAGUAGACACUUUUGUUGUCAAUAUUAUUAUGCACAAAACAAAAACUAUCACGAAUGAGAGAUUUAUGCAAAAUAAAAAAACCGAUCAUAUAAAGGUAUUAUGUGCAAUGUGCCAUUCACCAAUGUCAAUAAACGUGAAUUUCAA